CAGAACGCUUCCUUUUGCUGAUUUUACCUCACAGAAUUGAGAGUUUUUUCUUAUACGCAAGUUUAAUGCCACCUUCCUCUGUCUGCAAUGGACCAACACAUGAUAUAUGCUGAGUUAACCUUACCCAAGGACUCAGGCCCAGAAAAUUCUUCACCUUCAUCUCUUCCUCGGGAUGUCUGUCAGGGUUCACCUUGGCAUCAAUUUGCCCUGAAACUUAGCUGUGCUGGGAUUAUUCUCCUUGUCUUGGUUGUUACUGGGCUGAGUCUUUCAGUGAUAUCCUUACUACAGAAAUCAUCAAUAGGAAAAUGCAGUGUGGACAUCCAACAGAACAGGACUAAAACAACAGAAAGACCGGAUCUCUUAAACUGCCCAAUAUAUUGGCAACAAGUCCAAGAGAAAUGCUUGCUAUUUUCUCGCACUGUCAACCGUUGGAAUAACAGUCUAGCUGAUUGUUCCACCAAAGAAUCCAGUUUGCUGCUUAUUCAAGAUAAGGAUGAAUUGACACGCACACAGAACCUGAUACAUGACAAAGCAAUUGCAUUUUGGAUUGGAUUAAAUUUUUCAUUAUCAGAGAAGAACUGGAAGUGGAUAAAUGGCUCUUUUUUAAAUUCUAAUGAGAUUGUUUUGGGGGCUGCAGGAGACAGUGUACAAGAUGUCUCAUCAAGGAAGGCCUGGAAAACCACUGAGGGCCUUUUGGAAAAGAAAUUGUUGACUUGGCCAGAUUGGCAUUUAAAAAAUUACCCUGAUAAUUUAAGAAAGAAUUAAAAGGGUGGAAGAGAUAAAAUACAGGGAACUUUUGCAAUAGCCCAGUUGAAAGAAGUUCUUGGUUUGACUAGAAGGUUGGGCAGUAGGAAGAAAUCAGACAAGCAGCCCCAAGAGGCUACAUGAAAAAAAAAUGAAACAAAGGACUAAAGAAAAGCUGUGAUGGAGCCCUGCACGCUGCCACCACCUCAUCCGUUUGAGACAAAUAGGAGAGUCUUGAACUCACAUCAUCUUUGCAACUCAACCCUAAUACAGCCUGUCCCAUUGUUUGAAUUAUAUCGCCACCUCCUACCUGCAGCGAGCCACAGGACUCAUGCUUGUUUGAAACUAAUAUUAUAUUGCUGCAGACACCCAUUCACCUCUGUUUGGAAUGAGAAUGAAAGGAACCUCUGACUGCAUAACCAUGAACUGAGCCACUUUUUCUCACUACUUUCAAAUUCUAUAGACCCUGAAUAUCCAUCAUGCCUCCAGAUAUCUAUCAUAUUUACUGAGCACAUAUUUUUGAAGUAUUGUCACAUUUUCAUAUUUCAUCUCCAUGCCUCCCCUAAAUAUUAGGUGGCUAUAGCCUAAAUAUUUAAGAAACCUGUGGCUCAGUAAAGAAACAUUUUUAACGUGAUUUGUUAGUAGAACAAUAAGAAGACUGAAUCCCCAGUUUCCAAAGUUUCUUUCUUUUUUAAAUGUAGUUGUGAAGUUUCUUGUUAGAGGGAUUGUUUCCAAUGAAGAUGAACUUGAAAGUUCCAGAGGUUUCCAUUAGCUUUAUCUUAAAAGUUCAUACCAUUAUAUUUGUGACUGUGUACCUUCUUUGUUUAACAGUUUAUCUUUCUACUGCUUCCUGAGAGUCCUAGGAAAUAAUGGCUAAGUGAGAAUAGGAAUGAGAAAAUCCUAAGCACU